AUGCCCCAUGCCCUGAUCUUGGCAGGUGAACCAUCGGAUGUUCAAACAAAAUCUCUCAAUGUGGACAUCAUGGCACAUGUGAAGAAAGCCUGGGAUGGUCUGAUGCUGCAUGAUGACUGGACGGGGGUCCAAGCAGAGGACCCUUUGAAGGUAGAGAAGGGUGGAUCGAUGCACCCAACAGACAUGAAAUUGGUUGGGUCCCAGCAUUCCUACACCGCUGGCGGGAAUGUCAGCUGGAUCAAUCCUUUUUGGAGUCCUUGCACCGUGCCAGUGAUUGAGUCAGCGGUGACCUUGCUUGCAAUGGGCAAAUUCAAAGAACCAGUGCCAAUCCAGAUGACCGUGGCAGUCAAUUCGAAGAGUGAUCCUCGAAAGCAAGAGCAUCGGAUGCAAAGCUUACUCCGGAGGAUAUCUCCUGAAGAAGAACACUUAGCCUACGUGUUAGCGACCUAUCGUGAUGUGUCGGCAGGCCUCAGCAUCCAGGAGUGGAAGAAUGCGUGGCUUUCUUCCGGCAUUACUUGGAAGAGCAUUGGUGAUGAUCUGGAGUCCGCUUUCUGGGAAUCUGCAAACAUUCGAGAAUCUGUGGGCGAGGCCUAUGAAAACCUCUACUACACCCCAGUCCAGCGCGUGUUUCAGAUCGGAGCUUUGAAAAAGAUGUUGCAGGACAAGAUGGGUGGUGAUGGCAAGGUGACUGCAAAGGUCUUGAAAGCCCACUUUGACAAGCACUUGAUCAUAAAAUCCGGAGAGGCAGCAACGGAGCAUUUUCUGACAACUGCGUUAGCAUUGUGGAAUGCGCUCUUCAGUGUGCCGAAGCUGAAGAACUUGGCCUUUUUGACUGAUGAAACCUUUGGCAAGCGAAGCCCAUUGGACUCAGUCUUGAAGAUUGAGGGCGUGAUGCGUGCUUGCCGAUCCAAUGCGGAAUCGAUGCAGUGGUGCAUGCUCCAGAUGGCCGAUCUUUGCUUGAAUCGACAGCUGGCGCCAGCUGAGCUGCAGCCCACCUAUCUUUUUGGUGCCAAAGGUGGCAAAGGGAUGAUUGCAGUUUGGCUCUGGAAGCUUCAGCAGAAACCCAAACUCCUGGCAUUGCUCGACCAACACCUGCCGCCGGAGGAUUCUGUACAGAUAAGGAACAGCUUGAAAGACCACAUCACCUAUCGCGAGAGCUUCGGUGGAAAGCCUUUUACAAAGGAGGCCAUCCAACAGAACGUCAAAGUCAGUGACGGACAGGCUUGGAUUGCCUGUUUGGAUCCAAGGAGUCAGAAGGCUGCUCUCUUCGCCGCUGCUUUCAUCUUCGGCCAAGAGUACGACUUCGCAGUCAAGCAGGCUGUCCGGCACCAGCAGUCGUUGGAAGAAGUGCUUUCUCAUUCCGCGAUUGAAAAGGUGUGGGGGCAGAUCGUGUCCUCUGCUGCACCUCUUGCCAUGGACAUGGAAGUUGAUGACACUGCAGCGAAGUCUGACUUGCUGUGCAACUUCAUGGAAGCUCAGUCUUUGUCAAAGCUGCAGCUUCCAGAACAUGCCACUAAGUUGCAAACGGUGGAAAACGCAGCAGAGCUGGCUCGACGAAUGGUGAGGUCACAAGUCCAGACUGUGGAUGGGUCGCAGAGUUUGGAGAAACUUUGCAAGCUCAUGAAAGCCAUGGAACUCACCAAACUCCGUGGAGGCAGUGACAGCUCAGUUUUGGUGAUUUACAGCGUUGACGCUGCCGGGGAACACGAAAAAGAUUCCCGCCGCAGCCCGACACCGGCACGGCGGGACCACAUGGAAAAGGUGGUUCGAGCUGUCAUGAGUACCAGGUCUGAGGAGCUCCCAAACUUCGAGGAUCUUGACAAGGUGGUGUAUCCCCAGUUGGAUGCGUACUUGUUCUUCGAUGGAGGCCGUGCUGGAACUCAAUCUGCAUUCAUGCAGCUCUUCAAGGCAGUUGAAUCGGGACCUUACUCCAAGCAUACUUUUGUCUUGAGCUAUGCCGAGGAGAGUGUGAAGGUUGAGACCAUCGUGGCGGUCCCUGGUGACUCCGCUCGCAUGGGCACCAUCGUUGGAAGUCGCCGAAAUGUGAACCACUCUGGAACUACAGCUGGAAGCUGCCUGAUGGAAUGUUUGAAAUCGAUGUUGAAAGAUGUUCCUCUCCUGGCCACUGCUGACAAACAUGCCAUGAUGGGCGGAGCCCGUGUUGCAGACGAGAGCCAAGAUGUUCCAGGGAUGGAGCCCAUGGAUUGGUCCAUCCUGAGCCCGAAAGUCUUCGAAGAGAUCAUUCAUCGAUUUCGCCCCAAGGCUGUCCUGCUGCUUACAGAGUUGGUUUUUUCAGCAACACUUGGCCCUGUUGCAGUCCUGAUCCAAGGCUACUCUUCAAAGCACGAGGCAUGGUAUCGCGACAAUGCCAGCAAGGCCCUCUUCAAGCUCAUGUGCCAGGCCAAAUCCAGACACUACCAGCCGGAGGUUGUCAAGGCAAUCAAGGACACAAAGAAGCAGGAUGAUGACCAAGUCAAUCCAGAGCCGAAAAGGAAAACUCGUGGUGGUGGUGGUAGCAGGACAUCCGAGAAACCCAAGCGCAAGAGCAGGGGUGGCAAAGCAAAGGGCAAGGGACGAGGAAAGGGCAAAGGCAAAGGAUCCAAAAAGCGAAAGGCCAGCGUUGAUGAGGGCGACGAAGAAGAGGAUUUUCUUGAAGAAGAUGAAGAGGAUGAAGCCAGUGAAGCCGGCGAUGAUGAUGAUGAAGAAGAGGAUUCUGUGUAA